UUUGACGCAAUUAAGCAUGAAAGAGGUAAGCUGCGAUAACAAAGGACGAUGUUUCGAUUCCAGGCUGCACCGCCACUAGUUUUCCCACCACUACCUCCGAUCUUACAGUAGUUAUGAUUAUCGUUAUUUCUAGUUUAUUAUUUAAUGAUGAUAUAUUCAAUUAGUUUUUAAAGGUGAUUAAUUAGUUAAUUAGUUAUUCAUGUCUUUGGUGCUUUUCUUCCCCGAUCAACAUCGAUCGAUCAGACUCACGGACCAAAAGCAUCCAGGCCCUCAGCAACCCGUCUCUGGUUUUAUUUCUCAUUUAAACUGAAACGGCAAUGAUGAGUUCCUCAGCAAUGGCAGAAAGCUUCACCCUGCCGGUCAACGUUGACCAGCUGACCUGUGUUGUGGACUCAAUGGUUGAGGUUUCAUCUGAUGCUGCUUCUGCUGCACCUUCUUUACCAAAUGUGAACCAUCUGGCUUCCAGCCCAGCUGUGUCGACCGUUGCGGAUGCCAUGGCUGGCGGCAGCACUGCUGCUGAUAACCAAACUGCCACAGACACCUGUCUACCUCAGAUUCUACAGACACAGGCUUCUGGAUUGUUAUCCAGCACAAACAGUGUUCCAUCUCUUCACAUCCCUGUGUCCCUAACAGGACAUUCCAUCUCCAUGUUGCCACUGAUGCUCUCCCUAAACCUACCUCAUCGACCCCUUAUCUCUGCCAUCGACAAAGGUUCAAUCAGCAGGGCUUCCAUCCAUACAGCUCCUACACCAAUCCCGUUUCCAUCAGUAAUGGCACCUGGCAUCCAAAGGGAAGCUGGGAGUUGUUCCACUGUUCAGGACUUAAACAUGCUCAGUUGCAUUCAGGCAGAGUCCUGUGAUAACCAUCAGCAUCAUAACAACAACAACAACAUCAACACCACCACCAUAGAAACUCUGGAAUCUUACCCGUCACCUGCUACUGGUCACCAGUCAAUGGAAGAAGCCAGCUGUGACCCAAACCACGUCAACAGACUCAUCACCACAAACAUGCACAACACUCUGCAGAAUCCAGUGCUCGUCACUUCCAGCCUGUCCAACCUCUCCGACCUUCGUCUCGGGAUGGGAAUCACCUCACAGAACGAUAACUUCCCCACUCCUUGCUCUUCCAUGCCCGAUGCUCAGUUGCCUCCGCUUUUGCAGGCUGCUAACCAAUUUAGUCAAAAACAUGUAGAACACCAGAAAUCUAGUGCCGCCGCCAUGAGUGCAGCACCUUGCAUCAUGCAACAUAAUGGUUCAGCCCUUGAACUAACAAAUGGUUCCGCUGCAGAAAUUGCAGCAUCCAUAUCCGGUGCCAACCUUCAAUCAAUCUUAGAUGCUUCACUUCAUCAGCAACACCAACAACUCCAAGAACACUGUAACGAUGAAGUAGCCAAUUCUUUGAAUUCUAUUGGAAUGGUUUCCAACAAGUCAUGUGAUGGAAAUGCUGCAGCUUCUCUUUUAGACAUCAACAACAUGUCAGUGAUUGACAUGAUUCUCAAAGUGCACCAAAGUGGUGCAGUAGCAGCAACUACCGCAACAACAACUGAUGCUGCUAAAGAUGAGAGCAGCAGUGCGAUGGUGAUGUCUGGUACCAGCUGUCAACUGGGGGAGGACAUGGCUACAUUUACUACUAAACCUUACAACCAAAUGUCUUUCGACAACUUUUGCCUAGAAUGCAACUACAACAGCAACAACAACAACACCAGUAGCAAUGGCAGCAGCAGCAGCAGCGGCAGCAGCAAUGCUCCAUGUCAGAUCCACAACACGAAUUACUGUGAUAUUCCCGAUACCCCGAUCCCUUCUCGUGCUCGUCUCUCAAUACCUUCCCUUCUUUACCUGAAAACUACCUCAGCUCAUGGUUACACAGACACUCUGGGAGUGUGGGCAAAAGAAACCGUUCCUUGCCGAAGCCGGUUUGGUCCAUUCGUUGCCAAAGUGAAGGGGAAAUGUCCAGUGGAUUCACAAAAGACAUCAGAUUUCCCCAUUUGGAUGAUCUUCUCCAAAGAUGGACAAACUGCUGAUGCCCUCGAUGUCAGCGAUGAGAAUGAGUGCAACUGGAUGAUGUUCGUGAAACCAGCUCGGUCACCAGAGGAGCAGAACUUGGUAGCGUACCAACAGCAAUAUAGUAUUUACUUCAUGACAUGCUGUGAUGUUCAACCACACCAAGAACUCUUGGUCUGGUACUCCAACGAUUAUGCGAGUACGUUAGGUGUGCCAUUGAAGGCCAACGUUACCUUGAGCUGUUGCGUUUGCAGAAAACCAUUUGCCAGUCACAAACUCCUGGCGCAGCAUGUCAGGUCAAUGCAUCCCGAUGUCAGUGUUCGCCGAUGGCACUGCCAAUUUUGUAACAGAGGUUUUACGUCAAUGACCAAGUUAAAGACGCAUCUAUUGACCCACAUCGGUGCCAAGCCCCACUCUUGUUCCCAGUGUGGGAAGCGAUUCACAGACCAAAGCAAUCUCCGUACGCACCAGUCCAUUCACACAGGUGAGAGAAAAUUUCCAUGCAGCGUCUGUAAGAAACAGUUCCGUCAGAAAGCUCACCUGACGUCCCACAUGUUCACUCACACAGGUGAGAAGAAGCUGCAAUGCCAGUUCUGUGAGAAGAUGUUCUCUCGUUCUUCAGACCUCAAACAGCAUGAAUACCAACACACCCGCGAGAAGCUCUUCAGCUGUUCGCAUUGUGACAAGAGUUUCUACAAAAUGCAGAACUUCAAGAAGCAUCUGAAGAUUCAUUCUGGGGAACGGAACUUCACUUGUGGGAAGUGCCACAAGUCAUUCUAUACAAAGUACCACUUGAAACGGCACAGUGGCACGUGUAAGGGGAGCCGGAGUACUGCUGCUGUUGGUGAUGCUGCUGCUGUUGGUGUUGUUGCUGCUGCUGCUGGUGAUGGUGGUGCGAAUGAUAGUGGUGUUGGUGUUGGAGGUGAGAAAGUAGCAAUGCUCCAACAGUCUGCAAACUGUGGCCACCUCCGCCUAGACACGUCUAACAACAUUGAUGACGGUCGAGGUGGUAAUGAUGACGAAGAAGAGGAUGGGAAUGAGGAUGAGGACGAUGAGGAUGAUGAUGAUGAUGUCAUGGAAAGAAAUGAUGAGGAAGAGGUAGAGGAGGAGGAGGAUGUUGAAGAUGACGAUGAUGAUGAUGAUGAUGAUGAUAAUGGUGGCGAGGAAGAUGAUGAUGAGGAAGAGGAAGAGGAGGACGAUGAGGAGGAUGAUGAGGAUGAGGGUGAUGAUUGCGAAGCACAACAAAGAACUAGGGUCUGAAGCAAAACAUGUUGAAUGUUAUUGAGAGGAAUUGUUAUUAUCAUUAACAUUAUCAUCAUCAUCAUCAUCAUCGUCAUCAUCAUUAUUGUUAUUAAAGAUGACAAGCUUGUAGAAUUCUUAGCAAUCCAGGCAAAAAUGCUGAGAGCGGCAUUUCGUCUGUCUUCACGUUCAGAGUUCAAAUUUCACUGAGGUCGACUUUGCUUUUCAUCCUUUCAGGUGAUCAAUAAAUUAUGUACCAGAAAAAAAAAUGGGGGUCAAUGU